AUAUUGAGGGCGGACAAAGCUAAUGAUCGUGGCUGGAUGAGCCAGUUCUUCUUUGUGCAAAAAGAUUCCCUAGGUUCUGAGGGCGCAUUUCUUGAAGAGAGUUUACACAAAGAUAGGAAGACUAUCCCCUUGAGCUAUGGUCCAGACUCUGAAGGAAGGACUGUCAAAAUUUUAUCUUUAACUACUGCCGAACGGACCUUUGGGAAUCUAGUGGUUGAUAAUGAAGGUAUGUCUCCCACUCCUGACCAUUCUCGGUCCGUUGGAUUAAGGCGCUCUCGCCGUAAUAUUCAGAACGUCCCUGACGAUGCCCAAGAUUCACGCGCG